AUUCAUCUUUUCUCUAUCAGAAUCUCUGCAAUUUUAUCUCUUAGAUACAGUACACACAUAAAUUCACCGAUUUUCAAGGAUUAGGGUUUUAUUUUACUGAUAAUGACGGAACACGAGGAGCGUAAAGUGGAGAAAUCCGAGGAGCAUGAGGAAUCUGUAAUGGAAAAAAUCACUGAAACACUUCAUCUCAGUAAUAAUAACCAUCACUCUUCUUCAUCUUCUUCUGAUUCUGAUGACGAUAAGAAAACGGCGUCAUCUCCUCCUGGAACGUCGUCGUUUAAGUCUAAGGUUCGUCGGCUUUUUGGUAGGGAACGUCCUGUUCACAAAGUCUUCGGCGGUGGUAAACCUGCUGAUGUGUUCUUGUGGAGAAACAAGAAGAUAUCUGCAGGAUUUCUUGGUGGAGCCACAGCUAUCUGGGUUCUCUUUGAGGUAGUAGAAUACCAUUUCCUUACCCUGCUCUGUCAUGGUUUGAUAGUUGCUCUGGCUGGAUUGUUUUUGUGGAGCAACGCUAGCGCCUUCAUUCACAAAUCUGCACCACACAUUCCGGAAGUUCACAUCCCUGAGAAGCCUGUAUUGGAGUUUGCCACUGGUCUUAGGAAUGAGAUCAAUCAUGCCUUUGCAGUUCUGAGGGAAAUUGCAGCUGGAAGGGAUCUAAAGAUGUUCCUUAUGGUCGUUGGUGGCUUGUGGAUCUUGUCAGUCUUGGGCAGUUGCUGUGAUUUCUUGAGCCUAUUCUACAUAAUUGUUGUGGUGCUCCACACGGUGCCUGUUCUCUAUGAAAAAUAUGAGGACCAGAUCGACUCUUUUGCUGAGAAGGCCUUGCAUGAACUCAAGAAACAGUACGCCGUCUUUGAUGCAAAGGUAUUGAGUAAAAUUCCUCGAGGGCCAUUGAGAGAUAAGAAGAAAGCUUAGAUUCACUAUGUUAGGAGGAAGAGGAGGGCGUGUUGUGUUAACAGUAGAUGCAUUUUGUAAUUGUCCUCGUGAAUUUUGAUACGAGUUGAUGGAAACAAUGAUCCCAAGUGUCGAGGUGGUUUGAAUUGAUCUUUUUACAGCUAUAUGGUCUGAUCAUGGAUUAUAUUUGCACGGAUUUUGUGUUUAAAACCAUGGAAUUGAUGUUGAUGUAUAAUAUGACAUGGGAAUGCUAAUGUUGUAUUUUACUUUUGUUAAUUAUUCGUUUUGAGUUA